AUGUCGAAACCCAGGAGUGUGAUUUGGGAAUAUUUUGAAAAAACGCCGAACGCAGAAGUUGUAACAUGCAAACUAUGUCACGCUUCAGUCAAACCAUGUGGUAACACAACCAAUAUACGCAACCACAUAAAAAGAAAUCACCCUUCAAUUAAACAAAGCAAGGGUGCCGUUGUAAGUAAGAUUGGCCGAAUAUCACACUCAGUGGCAACUAGUUCCACAGAACCACUAGCAGAAAAUGUUGACGAUCCUGAUGUAGUUACAGAUGACAUUGAUUUUGCUGAGGUAGCUAGAAUCAUUUUAACUAAGGCUCAACAAAAACAAGGGACACUUCAUUUUGCUUCAACAUCUUCAACUUCUUCUGGUAUUGUAGACAAUGAUUCAUCAUUCAGUUUUAGUAGCAGUAGAUCUCCAUCUGUUCAGUCAAUACAAACCACAUCCGGCACAUCCUCAUCAAAUACUCCACAGUCAGCGAACUUAAGUCUUAAUAGGCAACGCACAAUAUCUGAGUCCAUUUCGAAUAUCAAAUAUUAUGAUAGAGGAUAUAAGACACGAGCCAUCACGGAUGCACUGAUCUACAUGAAAGCAGCUCCUAUGUACAAGGUUCCAUGUAGGAAAACCUUAACUAAAAUGAUGAAAAGUAAAUAUGAAGUUUUAUCCACAUUAAUCAAAUCCAAACUAGGUCUUGUUGAUUACUUAACCUUAACAUCGGAUAUUUGGACUGACACACUAAAUACAACGAGUUUUUUGGGAAUGACUGCGCAUUUUUUAAGUUUGGAUAAAGUUACUCUUGACAGUGUCACAAUUGGUGUGUUGGAGUUGUCUGCCAGCCAUACAGCUGAGAAUAUUACCAUUUGGUUUGAACAUAUUCUUGUUUAA